AUGCCCAACAUCUCCGUGCUCUUCACCAAGCGAGACAUCCGAGCCAUCACUAACGGCGACAUACACUGGCUCGUCGCCGUCAAGCUCGCACGACUGUCUCCCCGAGCUUACUUGUACUUUUCCACAUUCUUAUGGUUUGACGACUUUGUGGCUAGCCUCCCGGGGGCAUACAGUCGCACACCACAGCAUCAGUACGAGCGUGUGAUGGCCUUUGGGAGGCACAAGAUGCAGGAGAUCCACAUAAGGACCAAGAGGGAACGAGAGGAACUCAUGCAAAAGUCCAACGCUGCGGCAGCCGUUACGCCUUCUGGGCAUGUUUUUGGUGACGAUGAUCUGAUCGCCUUGUGA